AUGACUCAGAUUAUAAAAUAUAUCCGUGAUCUGAAACUUAAGUUUGAUUAUUUGCUAAACAACAACUUUGAUUACUUAUUUGAAUUUGAAGUUAUCGAUAAAUGCUUCAAAUUCUCAACUUGUGAUCCUUUUAAAAUUAGAAAUGGUUCAUGGAUCUUUCUCAUUUAUUUUACAUUUUUAUGGGGUUUCACCAUUUUCACGUUUAUGAAAAACAUUUUAAAAGAUUUUUCUGGAACUGAUCAGCUUUCGGCGUUUGUUGGAACAUGCGUGUGGCUACAGACUUUUACAAAACUGUUGGUGAUUUCUUUCCACUUGAAGAAGUUUUCAAAGUUAAGGGAAAUAAUUCUGAGCGAUGGAAAUGAAAUUUUCGAUGAAACUGAAAAAGCAUAUCGAAGAACAACUCGGAUUCUCGUACUCGUUUCUAUUGCUAUCUAUUCAGUCUGUGGUUCUUUUCUCGUGCUUUGGAAUUUUGUUACAAUCAAAGAUUUUGUAUUAACAGUUGAAAUAAGGAUUCCAUGGACAAUACCCAACUCGCAUCCAUCUCAUGAGAUUAACAUGGCAACAAUAUCAGUUAUGGUUGUUUUAACAGUUUUCUUCUAUAUAAGUUUCGAUUCAUUCUUUAUAAUGGUGACGAUUCAUGGUCUAUCAAAAAUGUCCAUUUGUAGUGGUUUAGCAUCAAAGAUUGGGAAAAAUGCUGACGACAAUUUUAUUGACGAUUUGGUCAAGAAACAUUUACAUGCGCUUAACGUCAUUGAAACUACAAGUCUCAUUCUCCAGCCCAUAAAUUUCUUCCUAAUGUUAUCAGACUUCGGAGCGAUAGUUUCAACAUUAUUUCAACUAAAGAGUGGAAUGAAAUCGGUUGCGUCAUUUGCCUCUUUAUGCUUAUUGGUUCAGUUUUUUACAUAUUGCUAUAUGGGAACAAAAGUUUCAACAGCGUGCGAAGAAUUUGAGCAAUCAGUUUAUUGUUCAAAAUGGUACGAACUGGAAAAAAUCUCUUUGAAGAAGAAAGUUUUGAUGAUAUUGAAUAUCAACCGGUUGGAGGAAAAAUGUGUCGAAGCUGGCGUCGAAGGUUGCUUUUUUGUAGGAGUUUUUUCUGAAAAAUACUCGGGUGCUUCAAUUGAUUGUUCUCACUAUUUUAAUGGUGUUCCUGAGCAUUGUGAACUAAUUUACACCCCAGGUCAAUGUUGCCCCAUGGUUGAUUGCGAUUGUGAUGAUGAUGGUAUGACUUACAGAGAUGGUGAAAGAAUGCCAAAUAAUGAGCCAUGUGAUUUUUGA